CAUGCUGAUGGAGUGACUGCUGCUUCCUCUCAGAAAUGGAAGAUCAUGUCAUGUAAGAUGAAGAUCGAGCAGCUGAAGGAGGCGAUCACCAGGGGCAACGAGGAGGUGAAGAGCGAUAAGGAGCUCCUCCUUCGCUCUCAGGAGGAGAGCCAGCGGCUGCAGCGUCGGGCCGGACGUCACCAGGAGAAACGGGACAAGAUCGAGCGUCACAACCGCCGGCUGGGGGACCUGCUGGAGAGACGCAGCCGCGAGCUGCAGGGACGCCUGGGCCAGCUGGCGGCUCUGAGACAAGACCACAUCCUGGAGCUCACCACCCACAUCUUCCACACCCAGGAGGAGAAGCAGGGCAGCAGAGACCCCGCAGACGUGGUGGCAGAGUGCGACCCCGCGUUGACCUCCAGCACGGUGAGCGAGCUGGCCGAGGCCCGGAGGACCACCUAUCUGUCGGGACGUUGGAUCUGGGACGACCAGAACGGAGAGACCAGCAUCAGCAUCACGGGACCCCCCGUUGCCCUGCCCAGCAACGGAGACUGCUCCGCCUACUACAGCUGGGUGGAGGAGAAGAGCACCAAUCAGGGCCCAGAGUUGGACCACAUCAACCCGGCCCACACCAUCAGCGCUGCUCUCUGCUACGCCACACAGCUCGUCACCAUCCUUUCUCACAUCCUGGACGUCAACCUGCCCAAGAAACUCUGCAACAGUGAGUUCUGUGGAGAGAAUCUGAGCCGAUACCGCUUCACCAGAGCCCUGAGCAAACUCAACACCAACAUCCUGCACCUCUGUUUCUCACAGCAUGUAGACAGUGAGAAGCUCCACCCUCAUCACACUCUAAGGAACAUCAUGUUCCUGAUUUCCCCCGACAACAACAACCUGGGCAGAACGGGUCCGUUUGAGGUGAGCGCCGACUUGGAGGAGUCGAUGGAGUUUGUGGAGCCAGAGGCUGCCGGGCCGGCGGAGGAGAGCGGAGACGAGGCUGUGACUGACGAGGAGACGGACCUGGGGACAGACUGGGAGACGGUGCCCAGUCCUCGGUUCUGUGACAUCCCAUCACAGUCCAUGGAUCUUUCCCAGAGUGCAUUGCAGGUGUCCCAGCCCUCUGCUAACACAGGAGGGAUGAUCUCGUCUGCUGCUGCCUCCGUCACCUCCUGGUUCAGAGCUUACACCGGCCAGCGCUGAACCACGGGACCUGAACCACAGGACCUGAACCAGAACUCCUGGAGGUCUCAGACUUUGGACUGGGGUCAGAGGUCAGGCUGGCAGGUCAGAGGUCAGCAGCUGGAUGAGGAUAGUCGUCUACUGAAAAUGAUUUAAUACAGUAAUAACAUGUAAUAACUGGUUUAUUAACAUGUAACAACUGGUUUAUUACAACACUUUAAUCUGAGGACAUCAGGUGGUUUGAUCCGGUCCAAUCAAACCAGAUGUAAACACAAACAGCUCCAGUUAAAUGGAUCAAUAAUUAAAUUGAUCAAUGAAUCACGACCUUCAGUAUUUGGAUCAGGUAGCUGGUCUGUCAGGUUCAUAUUUAAUCAAUAUUAAAGGCCUCUGAUCAGGAUCACCUUUUGUAACAAUAAACACUUCAGUGUGUUAUAAACCCUUAAUUACAUGUCUAUAAACUGAUAAUCAAUGAUAAAUGUAGGGGACUUAAAUUUAGGUGUUAACUGCUGAUAUCCUGUCGACCUGCCAGUCUGUCUGUCAGCCGAUCUGUCUGCUCACCACAAAGGGAACGUUUUUGCUUUUAUUUUUUUAUUUGUGUGAAGACGAACUGAACUGAACUGAUAACGGAUCGUUGUUUACAAACCUGCAGACCGACAGCCAAUCAGAAACCAGACUGACUGUUUUUUUGGAGCAUCACAACGAUCGGAUGAGUCCACGAUGAUGUCCUGUAAAAGGUUUCGUGUUAUACUACGGGAGGUUUGCCGGUAUAUUACGAGAGGUUUCCCGUUUUGCCGGUAUAUUACGAGAGGUUUCCCGUUUUACUACGGGAGGUUUCCCGGUAUACUACGGGAGGUUUACCGUAGUAUAACGGGAAACGUCCUGUAUGAAGAGCUUAGAGGAGCAGGUAAGGGUUAGGCUAACCCUAACCCUGAAUCACAUCAGUGGAGUUUAAAUGUUUCUUGGAAGUGAAGCGUAGAGACAAUAACUCAUUGGUUCUUCUUCCUUCAAAGGGACAAAGUGUGUUUCAAAGUUUGUGUUAAAAACAUUUAAAAUAAAAUCCUGUUUUCUGGUUUUGGACACUGACCCUUCUCAAAUCAAACUUUUCAUUUAAAUACUUUUCAAAGAAACCAGUUUUAUUAAAUUAAGUUUUAGAACAUCCUUAACUUCUCCUGUAGAUUUUGACGGUCCGUGUGUUUAACAUCCGUAUUUUCUUUCCUGUUUUGUGUUUCUGCAUCGUCUCCAAAUGAUCAAUAGAAGCUCAACAGGACUCAGACAGGUUGAAGUAAGAAAAGACAAAGAUUAAACCACAGCAGCUGCAGAAGUUAAACUUUAUAAACUAUAAAUAAAAGGAAUUAAUACACACAAAUCUAAAUAACUAUGAAGUGAGUGGACAUUCAGUUAAAUAGCAGACUAACUACUUAAGCAUCAAAACAAAGAUUCGCAUCUAAUUAUAUUUAUCUUUAACACACCCUGACCGUGCACGGGACAGUUUAGUGCACAGAUCCUUUGAGCUGCAGAUUAGUGUGUUGGCUAUGUUUGGUAUGCGGUGCUGCAGAGAAACUGAUCCCAGCGCCUCAAACGGACGUUUAACAGUCUGGUUUCAUGUCUCUGUGGUCGGAUCAGAGGCGUCAUGACACUGUUUCUACACCAGAGAACGCCGACGGCUUCGUCUCUUCACUGGAAAAUGUCCCAAACUACAGUUCUGACUUUUGUUUAAAGAUCCCAUCAAAUCUAAAUGCAUGUUUUUAUUCACAACGUCAUCGGUUCGUCGGUUUUCUUAACGAUGUUUUGGAGUUUGAAGUAAUUUCCUGGAAAAACAAUACAAGUUUUAUGGGUAAAUAAUAAACAUAUUACAGAUUCUUAAACAUGUCAUCUGAUUUAAAAACAAAUUGAGAAACUCACUCAAACAUGAACGUUGGUUCAAAUAUUAUUGAUUUUAUCAGAGUCAGAAUCGGCUUUAUUGGCCAUGUAUGCGUGCGCAUACAUGGAAUUUGACUCCGGUUACACAUUACUCUCAUCGUAC